UGAAACGACAACUUCUGUAUGCUUGAGUUUUCGAUGCAAUUCGAAGUUGUUCAAUUAUGUUAAGAGUGUAUAAAUCGAUACCUGCGGGCAUUCUGGAGACACUUCGCUCAUGAAAAGUUACCCUCUCUAUACUACUUUUAUCUGUUGUGUUAAACACUACAUUAAACUGCUCAAUUUCGAGCAGCUCUUUGAAUAAAAUUAGUAGGGGAGGAAUGAUGUUUCUGAUUUACUAGCAUGAGGAAAGUUAGACAUCUCUGAAUCAAGCAACGGAAUACUCUAAUACUUAGGAACAUUUUAAUUUGUCCUGUUGACUGGUUAGUUAGUAAUGCGUGACUGUGAAUUGGUUUGAUGAAAACGUAAAAUUGUAGUUAUUGGAAGAAGUUGUGGUUGCUAAAAAUUUUGAUACAAAGAUCAGUCAAAAUGGGAGUGCCUCCAGCUAGAAAUCCUGAAGCCAUGGAUGUAGAUAUAAUUUCUCCAGAAAGUCAAAAUGGUGAUGGUGAUGUCUGUGACAAAAAGGAUAUUGAUCUACAAACGAUUCAUGAUGUCCGUGAACAUGCUCGUCAGAUAGAAAAAGCUGUGCAAAGCAAAGAACCUCGUUUCAUUUUAAGAGUAUUGCGUACAUUACCAACCACGCGUCGUAGGUUAAACUUUAAUGUUUUACGUGGAAUAAUUGUAAGUUUCUAUACAAAACCAUGUUCAGAACGCGAGGCAUUGUUGUCACGAUUAGAAGAUUCCAUCGAAGUAGAAGAAACUCAAAAACUUCGUCCAUCUACGUCAAGUCCAUUACCAGAAAUUGAUGCUUAUAUUCGUUUAUUAGUUCUCAUGCGCUUAAUUGAUACUGGAAAGUAUGAGCAAGCAGUUUUAUGCGCGGAAGCAUUGUUACAAAAAAUUAUUGCACAGAAUCGGCGUACAAUUGAUUUAAUUGCUGCAAAAUGUUAUUUCUAUUAUUCAAGAGCAUACGAAUUAGUUGGAAGAUUGGAUAAAAUUAGAGGAUUGUUGCAUUUAAGAUUAAGAACUGCUACAUUGAGAAAUGACUUUGAGGGUCAAGCAGUAUUGAUUAAUUGCUUAUUAAGGAACUACUUACAUUACAAUUUGUAUGAUCAAGCAGAUAAACUUGUACUGAAAUCAACGUUCCCAGAGUCUGCUAGUAACAACGAAUGGGCUAGAUUCUUGUAUUACUUAGGACGUAUCAAAGCAGCUAGAUUAGAAUACUCUGCUGCGCACAAGUAUUUGGUACAGGCUCUUAGAAAGGCUCCGCAAAGCACUGCGGUAGGUUUCCGUCAGACAGUUCAAAAAUUGGCUGUAACAGUGGAACUUUUACUUGGUGAUAUUCCUGAACGUCAAACUUUCCGCCAAGCAGCAAUGCGUCGUGCUUUAGCUCCAUACUUUCAAUUAACGCAAGCUGUACGUUUAGGAAAUCUGCAACGUUUUGGAGAAGUUUUAGAAAACUUUGGUCCACAAUUCAGAGCGGAUCACACAUUCACUCUGAUUCUCAGACUGAGACAUAAUGUUAUUAAAACUGCGAUUAGAUCGAUUGGACUUUCCUAUUCCAGAAUUUCUCCUACAGAUAUUACAAAGAAAUUAGGUUUAGAUUCAAGCGUCGACGCAGAAUUUAUCGUAGCUAAAGCUAUUAGAGAUGGUGUGAUUGAAGCUACUUUGGAACCAGAAAAUGGAUAUAUGCGUAGUAAAGAGACUACUGAUUUGUAUUGUACUAAAGAGCCAUUACUCGCGUUCCAUCAGAGAAUCACGUUCUGCUUAGAUUUACAUAAUCAGAGUGUUAAGGCAAUGAGAUAUCCUCCAAAGUCAUAUGGAAAGGAUCUCGAAUCAGCAGAGGAACGUAGAGAAAGGGAACAACAGGACUUGGAACUUGCUAAGGAAAUGGCAGAGGAGGACGAUGAUGGAUUUCCUUAAAAUGUUCAUUUUUUGGAUACAUUUCAUUAAUAAAGCAAUUUGUCAGGAACUUAAAGUUACACUUUCUUAUACUUUGUACUAUGUUUAAUAGCAAAAGCUUUGCUAUAACAUCGUAAAAAUUCAGAAAAUUUUAAUACAAAGGAAUUUUUUCAUAGGAUAUUUUUUUAUAAAGGAAUAAGAAAACGUAAAUUGCACUAAUCUCUUUCAAAUAUAUUCUUUAAACAUUGCUUGUAGAAUAUAUGGCUACAGUGGCUGGCUCAGUGACAUAAUAUUUAUCACUGUAUAUAUUUAAAACACAUAACUUAUCUAUUAAAAUUAAAUAUGUUUAAUUUUGAAGGUUUUAAUGAUUUCACAGCAGAAUAUUUAAUUACAAAUGUUUUAUACUUAUUUUCAUAAUGAGCAUUACAUGUCUUUUCGUUUUUAAAUUGAACACUUGGAUAAACAGAUGUGUGUCAGACUUUCACGAGUUUGAAAAGUAGAAAUUAUUCAAAAGAAAACACGUAUACCCACAAAGUCGCAGUAACAAAGUUUAAUUAUUAAAAUUAACGUUUUAUUCUUUUGGUAACUAUUAACUCAAAAUACAAAUUUUUAAGUUUUUUUACAUAAAAAAAUUUUUUAAUUUUCAAUAUUAACAAACCAUUAACGAUCAGUCAUUUUUAAAUAUCUGAAUUAAUAUCGUAAUCUGAUAUAAAUUUUGAAAUGGUGUUUGUUAAAAAAUAUCACACAUUAUAAUUCUUUGAAACGUAUAAAUAUAUAAAAUGAAAAAAAAAGGAAAUAGAAAACCAUUUUCCAUUACAUAGAUAUUUACAUUACCAUGCAUUCAUAAAUAGAACUCACCUACAACUAAAGACCUAUAAUAAAUGAUUCAGUUACAUUUACUAUAAUACAAUUAAAUAUACAAUAUUUUCACUGUACAAGAUUCCCUUCCUUCAUAUUGAUUUCCUCUAUACAAAUUUUAUAAAAAAUUUAUAGCUUUACAAUUACUUUACGAAGCUACUAAAAUUUUUUAUAGAAGAAUAUAGCAAUUCAUUAUUACUGGUAUAUAAAACUUGAUUGAAUAUUGAUGAAGAUCUUUGGUUAUAGGUUUCAUGGAAUACUGCUCUUGUGGAGAUUCUUGUGCAUAUGUUUUAGUUGUCAGUCUGGAAGAAAAUAUUUUGUUAUCAUUUAUAAAACUUAGUUUAAUUAUUAAGUGUUUGUAGAGAAUUCUGAUAUUAAUAAAUAUGUUACUAUGA